AUGGCGUCGCGUUUCUUCUACGGCUCCGGCAGCGACAGCGACAGCUCGUCUGAUGAGGAGGAGGAGGUUUACCGCUCCGGCUCAGACAGCGAGGAAUCUUCCGAGGAGGGGUCUUCCUCAGAAUCUGAAUCCGAGUCCGAAGUCGAGGAUGGCAAGGAAAAACGCUCCGGUGCCUCCAGGUUCAUGCACGGGAGCGACAGUGAUGAGAGUGAGGAGGAGGAGAAGGUCACAGUUGUCAAGUCCGCUAAGGACAAGCGUCUCGAGGGUGUUGAGAGCACCAUUCGCCUGAUCGACAACGCCCAGAAGAUCAACGACUGGGCUGUCAUUGCCACUGAGUUCGACAACCUCAACCGUCAGAUGCUGAAGGUCAUCGGCCCGACACCCAAAAUCUACAUUCAAGCGGUAGCGGACCUCGAAGACUUUACCAACGAGACCGCCAUCAAGCAAAAGGCCUCGAACAAGAAGAUGAACGCCAGCAACAGCAAGGGCUUCAACGCGGUUAAGCAGAAGAUCAAGAAGAACAACAAGGAGUACGCGACUCUGAUCGAUAAAUAUCGCGCCGACAAGGAUGCCUUCAUGGCUGAGGAAGUCGAGGUGAAGGCCGCUCCUGCUCCCGCCCCCAAGCCCACCAGGGUCGAGAAGAUCGAGAACUUCGCCGCUGCUGCCGCCGCUGGCGGCGAGGACGAUGGAUUCGCUACCGUCGGCCGUGGUGGUAAGACACUCCAGUACACCCCGGAGAGCAUUCUCAAGCACCUCCGCAUUAUUGUCGAGUCCCGCGGAAAGAAGAACACCGACCGUGCCGACCAGAUCCGCACCAUGCAGAAGCUCCUCGAGGUUGCCACCACUCCCUACCAACGCAUCCGAACCUACAUGACCCUCAUCUCCACCCGCUUCGAUUUGACCUCCACAACCAACCAGAGCUACAUGAGCGCUGAACAAUGGAAGGCUGCCUCAGAGGAGUACUCCGCUCUUCUGUCAGUCCUUGAGGACAACCGCCAGUUCGUCGUCAGCGAAAGUGCCGACGAAUGGGAGGAUGAUGAGAAGCAGCCCACUGUUGAAGACGGCGAGAUUUUCUACAUCCCUGGAAGCUGCAUCUCUCUGGUUGAGAGACUCGAUGACGACUUGAACCGCAGCCUCCGCGAGAUCGAUCCCCACACACAAGAGUACAUCGAUGUGCUCAAGAGCGAGCAGGACCUCUACAACAACCUUGUUCGCUCUCAACUCUAUGUUGAGAGCCUCCAGGGCGCAGAUAAGAACGGACAGGACUCCAUGAACAGAGUUGUCCUCAGACGGUUGGAGCACAUCUACUUCAAGCCCGAGGUGGUCAUCAGCAUCGCUGAGGAAUCCAAGGACAAGGCUGUUCCCACAAAUUUCAAGUCCGCCGUUACUCUUGGCUCCACAGUCGGAGAUAUCCAGAGCCUUGUUGCUGCCAUUUGCAACUACUUGUUCCAGCACAGCGAUGGAAUUCCCCGCGCCCGCGCCAUGCUCUGCCAGAUCUACUUCCUCGCCUUGCACGACCAAUACUACAAGUCUCGCGACUUGAUGCUCAUGUCUCACUUGACUGAGAACAUCUCCACCUUCGACGUCAGCACCCAGAUUCUGUUUAACCGCACCCUUGUUCAGAUUGGUCUCUGUGCCUUCCGUGCUGGUCUCAUCUACGAGGCCCAGAACACCCUCGGUGAGAUCUGCGGCAGCGGUCGUCAAAAGGAACUUCUCGCCCAGGGUAUCAUCAUGCAGCGCUACUCUACCGUAUCCCCCGAGCAGGAGCGCCUGGAACGCCAGCGCCAGCUGCCCUUCCACAUGCACAUCAACCUCGAGUUGCUCGAGUGUACCUCCUCUUCCCCCGAGCUGCGCCGCCGCAUGAUCUCCAAGACCUUCCGCCGCAUGUUGGACUACAACGAGCGUCAAGUGUUCACCGGACCCCCCGAGAACACCCGUGACGGUGUGAUCGCCGGUGCCAAGGCUCUCGCCGCCGGUGACUGGAAGCUCUCCGCCUCUACCUUCGCUGCGAUCAAGAUCUGGGACCUCAUGCCCCAGCCCGAGAAGAUCAAGGCUAUGCUGUCUCAGCAGACCCAAGAGGAGGGUCUGCGCACCUACCUCUUCACCUACGCCCCUUACUAUGACAGCCUCUCUAUCUCCUCCCUGGCCUCCAUGUUCGAGCUUGAGGCCAAGAAGAUCAUCUCCAUCAUCUCCCGCAUGAUCUCCCACGAGGAGCUCGCCGCCGCUCUCGACCAGGUCAACGACGCUAUCAUCUUCCGCAAGGGCGUCGAGCUCUCCCGCCUCCAGUCCCAGAUUGUCACCCUGGCCGACAAGUCCACCAGCCUCCUCGAGUCCAACGAAAAGACCCUCGAGCAGCGCACCCAGGGCAUGGCCAACGCCUUCCAGCGCGAACACGGUCCCGGUGCCCGUGGUGGCCGCGGCGGCCGCGGCGGUGGUCGUGGUGGUGGCCGUGGAGGUGCUCGCCUGCCUCAGAGCGAUCGUCGCCCCGGUGGCCAACAAUUCGGUGGUGGUGCAUUGGGCGCAGCGAUCAAGGCUUAG